UUUUCAGUGGGAUCCAGUAGCUUUUGGCGAAGUCCUCCGGGGAGGGCAGAACCCAGUCUGCGGGAGAGGCACAGACUUUGGCACAUUUCUCCUGUGCAUGCGGCGACUCGAGCGGGGCUGGUGGGGCCCUGCGGCUGCCCUGUGGCUCUGAUCGGGCUCGGCUGCUGGGCUCUGCCGCGAUUUUAGGAGUGACACGAAGAGUUUCCGGGAGGAGUUGUGGCCCCGUACGUGCCCUGCUAUGCACCCAGCCUUCCAGCAGUCGGUGCGCGGCCCACCCUUCCCGUUCGUGUGAUCGCGGCGGCCCCGCAGCCUCUCCGCCCGAGCUGCCAGCCCUGCCGCGGCCGCGCGCCCCGGAUGAGCCCUGGCCAGCGGCUCACAGUCCGUAAACAAUUUUCAGGGAUCGUGGAAACCAGAGCAGUGGGUAAAGCAAGCGAGUGGGGCGCUGGAGUUGUACAGCCCCCUCGCAUGGGCUUGCUCUCGUGCAUCGGAGGAGGAGGGUAGAGUGCCCGAGAGUGGCGCGUCUGCAGAAACAGCACAUGCAGAGAUUUCACCGGAGCCUGGAGGGAAAGCCUCACAUGUCUGAGCCGACCCAGAGUUUCAGCCAAAUCAGCCAAGCUUCCAAACCCUAAGUCAUGGAGGUGAAUCAGGAGACGUCGCUCUUCCUGGUGAAGAUCUUAGAGGAGCUGGACAGCAAGCAGAACACUGUAUCCUACCAGGACCUGUGCAGGUCUCUGUGUGCCCGCUUUGAUCUGUCCCAGCUCACCAAACUGAGAAGCGUGCUUUACUACACGGCUUGUCUCGAUCCCAACUUCCCAGCCACGUUAUUCAAAGACAAGAUGAAAUCCGCUGUGAAUAACCAGCAGUCAAAGAAGAUCAUGGUGGCAGCAGAUAUCGUGACAAUAUUCAACCUGAUCCAGAUGAGUGGGGGCGCCGCCACGGAGAAGCUGCCCACGGGCCGCCCCAAGGUGCGCAAGAAGGGGGCUUCCUUUGAAUCGUGCAGGUCGGACACGGAGGUCUGUGGUAUGGCCGAGUGUGAGCCUCUGACCUGUGAAGUGAGCGAGAGGCCCUUCAGCCGAGGGUACCCCACGCGGCAGUCAGCCAAGUGCCGGAAAAGGGCCUGCGAGGACUGUCCGCAGUUUGUCCCUGCCUCUGAGCCCAGCUUCCUGCUGGGGGUCAGCAAGGAGGGGAAGAGCAGGGCUGCCUCCCUCGACAGACUGCAGGCCCUGGCACCGUACUCGGUGGCCAGUCCACAGCCCUGUGAGAUGCAGAGGACGUACUUCCCCAUGAACCUGGAGAGCGAGUCUGUGUCAGGUCAGGAGCCCCUACCCAUCAGCCAGGGCUGCAAGGAGGCCUUCAGUGCCCCCGAGGAGCCCUUCGUGGUCCCGUCCUGUGUGCAGAAAAGGAACAUCUUCAAGGAGGACUUUCACAACCUCAUGCCAGUGUCUCCCAGCUUGGUUGGCCCAGGCAACAAGGCAGAGGGUGAGUGCAGGGAGCCCCAGGGCCGGAAGGAGCCCCAUAAGCCGCCCUUCUUCAAUCACAGCUUCGAGAUGCCCUACCACAGCCAGUACCUGAACCCCAUGUAUUCCCCUGUGCCUGACAAGCGGCGGGCAAAGCAUGAGAGCUUGGACGAUCUCCAAGCCUCUACUUACUUUGGACCCACUCCAGUGAUGGGGACCCAGGACCCCAGGCACUGUCUGGGGAGGCCCAGCAAGCAGACUCCCUGGCCAGUCAAGAGCUGGAGCCUCAACACCGAAGAGGUCCCAGACUUUGAGCGGUCCUUUUUCAACAGAAAUCCCUCCGAGGAGAAGCUACACUACCCGAAUCCCAGCAGCCAGACCCCCAAUUUCUCAGCCCCAGACAGGCACCCAGCUUACUUGGUGCCAGAGGAUCCACAGCAAAUUCUACCUGUUGGCUAUGCAACCAAGCCAGAUGGGCUCAAACCCAAGGAGCUCUCGUCCCCCAUGGACCUGGAGAAGCGCGGGCCGCCGAAGAAGUUCAAGGACAAGGGCAUCGCCUGUGACAGCCGGCAGGUCAGCUCUGACACCAGCAGCGUGGGCACCCAGACGGAGCAGCACACGCUGGAGCCCAAGAAAUGCAAAGAGUUGUGUGCGGCGGCCCAGGGCAAGUAUGGAGACAGACACUCCGGGAAGCACUCGGACGAUGACUCGGAGGUCGUCAGUGAUGACAUCAGUGACAUCUUCCGAUUUCUCGACGACAUGAGCGUCAGCGGCUCCACCGGGCUCAUACAGUCAUCCUGCUACAACAGCACUGGGUCCCUGUCUCAGCUGCACAAGUCGGACUGUGACAGCUCUCCAGAGCACAACCUCGCCAGACUCACCAGCAGGGGCCCUAACAGCAAGGCAGACAAGGGCAGCCGGCCUGAAAACCUGCACCGCUCAGAGGAGGAGCUGAAGACCAGUGUGUGCAAGCUGGUGCUCAGGAUCGGGGAGAUCGAGCGGAAGCUUGAGUCGCUGUCAGGCGUCCGAGAGGAGAUCUCCCAGGUCCUGGGCAAGCUGAACAAGUUGGAUCAGAAGAUGCAGCAACCAGAGCAGGUGCACAUGCAGAUGGAUCUGAACUCUCUGACCAGUGAGGCCCCGUCCGACGACAGCGCCUCCCCCAGGGGGUUCCGCGCCCAUGACAGCACCCACACUCCCCGGCUGGAGCCCGGUGCAGAGUGGUGCUGCUCAGACGCCAGUGGCAGCAACACAGAGAGCCUGCGAGUGAAGGCCUUGAAGAAAAGCCUGUUCGCCCGGCCGUCGUCCAGGUCCCUGACUGAGGAGAACAGUGCCACUGAGUCCAAAAUCGCCAGCAUCUCCAACUCCCCCCGGGACUGGCGCACGAUCACCUACAGCAGCCGCGUGGGCCCCAGCGAGGAGGAGGUGAAGGACGCCGGCCCAGGAGACACCAAGGACUGGCACCGGAAAUCCAAAGAGGCGGACGGGCAGCACGACGCCCCCCCGCAGCACCGCCUGCCUAAGCAGCCCAGGCACGGCUUCCUUGUGGAGCAGGUGUUCAGCCCCCACCCCUACCCCGCGUCCCUCAAGGCCCACAUGAAGAGCAACCCCCUGUACACGGACAUGCGGCUGACGGAGCUGGCAGAGGUGCGGCGGGCACAGCCCUCCUGGACGGUGGAGGAGUACGCGCGCAAUGCCGGCGACAAGAGCAAGCUGGCGGCCCUGGACCUGCAGACACAAGAAUCUUUAAAUCCAAACAACUUAGAGUAUUGGAUGGAAGACAUUUAUACUCCAGGCUACGAUUCACUACUGAAACGGAAAGAAGCUGAAUUCAGACGAGCCAAGGUCUGCAAGAUAGCUGCUCUGAUUGCCGCUGCUACGUGCACCGUUAUCCUGGUCAUUGUUGUGCCCAUCUGCACCAUGAAGUCGUGAGCCCGUGGACUGGCGCUGUGUGCAGCUUAUGGCAUCUGGUGUCUUCCUCUGUGUUCUAAAAGCCUGCAGCAGUGUGACCGCAGUUUAUGAAAGCAAAGAUGAAGUCAGUGGAAGCUUUCUGCAAAUGUGGAAGGUGGUCUUCAGAGUGUGUAUACUCUAGCCAGACAUCUGCCUACCUAUUAACUUUGAUGUAAUACACUCUUGAUGCAUUUUUAGAAGUGCAAUAUCUUUUCCUACCAAAAGAAUGUAAUGGACUAUCAGUAAAUCCAAAUUGAAUAUUUUAAGCAAAAAAGGGAAGAUUAAUUGGGUUCUUCCCAUUUGGUGAUGUUUAAGGUGGGUAUAAGUUACAUGGAGGGUAUUUAAUACAUGUCUCCUUGGGUAACCCAGGAGACAGGGAGAGAAGAAACCAAGGGGUGGGCUGUUUGCCUCCUCUCUGCAGCCAUUGCUGGUGAAGAGCAGGAUGUGUCCUGCCAGGACCUGACUUCUCCCCAACUUCUCUCAAGGGGUUCUUGCCCUUCUCUCAGCACCACAGCAGCAUCCGCCUCACUACAGAUCUUCAUGGCGCAGGCUUUACCAUCCUCCUCGUGCCGGGGGUGGAAGGAGCGGGCUUGCAAGCCAAAUAUGGCCCAAAGUGUGCUCUUUCUGUGGAACAGGCCAAGUACCUGGGCCUGGAGACCUUCUGGUCCCCAGCCCAUGAUGUGCAGCAGCUGCUGGCUGCUGGUGGGAUCUGGGAAGCAUCUCAGAAGUCAGAGCUGCCCCCAGGGGCUCCUUCUCAUUUUGGCGUGUGGCCCCAUGCCUUGACUGUCUCUCCCAGUGGUACCAGAUGCUCUACUCUGAGGAGUUUGGAACUUGUCCUUGUGCCUUGAAGAGCAGAGACAAUGGCAGAAUGUCAACAUUACAACCAUGGUUUUCAUGGCUUUCCCAAUUGCUUUAAGAAGAUGUUGAAAGCUUGUUCAACAAUCUGAUGCUGGCACUGAGGUCUUCUCAACUACCCAACACUACUCAACAGUUUGAACACUUGUCAGCAGUGCAAAAAAUAGCAUCUAUUUAACCAUUUAUCUAGCUACAGUCUGUCUGGGUCCCUAAUUCUCAUCUAUGUCUUCUCUGUUGAGUAAUGGGAGAACAAGUUUUCCCAAUGUACAGGAAGCUGCUGUAAUUUCGUCAGAGGGUGAUCUGGCUUCCACCUGCAGCAUGGUGCUCAGAUAAUAAGGGGACAGAACAAACCCUGGCCAACACCUGCAUCUCGUGUCUCGUUACAUGUUAAAGAAAAGAUGAUGGAAACUAGCAACCUUAAAUUCUUUUGAUAACAAAGUAGGAUAUCCGUUAAUUUUGACAGGAUAGUCUUUCUAAAUGGAAUGAUAAAUUCCUGCAGGUCAGAUUUGGAAAACAUCUCAGUUUUUAAAGCAGUAGGAGUCCAGCAUUCAUCCUAAACAUUCCCAAACAAUGCUUAGCUUGCUGCGUCUAAUCCACUGUCCACUACUAAGGGGCAGUCAGCGCAGUUUUUGAUGUUAACAAAGGAUGGAUGAUGUCAUUUGCAGGAACCCUUAUUUAAGAGGUCUUCAUGUUACCUAUUUCUACUUUCACGUUUGUGUGUAGAUUUUCAAUUAGGUAACUGAAGCUUAAGCCUUAGUGUGGAGGAUUUAUAACUGAAAAUGAAAAAAGUUGUCUAGAUAUUAUUGUCUGUUGUCAGAGUUUUAGUCUUCUGGUGCCCCAUUUUUGACUGGGCACAUUAAAUAAUGUUGUUUCUUUCACUCCAAAGGAGGUACUAAUUGACACCCUUGAGAGUUGCUGUCCUUCUCAGCCAGUGAGACACAACACCACAUUCUAAUCCUGCCACCUUGCUCUUUGUCAAGAUUAAUCUGUCAGAACACAGAGAUAGUAGUUCCCAACCUCUUGGUCUGUGGUUUGCAGAGCAGUAAAGAUGUGCUCACCAGUAUAAGGAAAAUCUUAUCACAUCGCAACCUGACUCCUCCAUCUAGCAGGUGGGAUGUUGGGGGCUGGACCCACCUACUUUGUCACUGCCCAUGGGUGAAGCUGCUCCUGCAGGGUCCUGUCUGGGACAUGUGCCUAGUUACCUCUGAGGAGAAACCCCACCUCCAGCAUGGAAGUGGGAGGGAGCUGUAGAAUUUUCCUCUGCCCUUUUCAUGUCUUGGGCGGUGGCCAGAGGAAGUCAGUCUUGCUCUAAGGGUAGUAUAACUAUAAAAAUACAGCUCACCAUUCUUGCUACCUAAUGGAAACAUCCAGACCUGGUAAUGCCCUGGGACAGUAGGUAACAAGGCCAAAAGGGAGAUGGGCACCAUGUCUGGUGUUGAAGGAUGGACCUUUGCCAUUCUCAGGGCUCAUGGAUGCUUGGGGUCUGGGGAUCUGUAAAGAUGACAUUCAAAGUUGGGCCCUUUGUCCCUUGACCCAAGCCUGCCCCACCCCGCUUCCUCUGGGCUCCACACUCUCCCAGCUCCUCCCAUCCCUCACUUUGCACAGUGCAGUAAGAUGGAGUCUGGCCAGAAAGGAAGCAGCUGUCCACUCCUCUAACAUUUCUUUCCCUCAUCUAGGCUUCAGUGACAAGGGCUGUCCUGCCUGCUCUACUGGGGCUGUCUUCCGCCACGCUCUGUGGCACUGUUAUGUAAAGUACAAUUUCUUCUACCCAAGUCUUAUACUCUACACAAUCAAAAUUCCUGUCAUUUUUCUUGAAUUUAAAAAAAAUAAACAAUCAGGUGGUAUUAUUGAGUGAGAUUAGUUUGAAAUCAAAUGUCCUUAGCCAAUGAUUAAAUUCAGAAUUAUUUUAUCCUCUUUGCUAACCUGAUUUUGUUUUGAAGACAGCCUUGCAGAAAAGCCAAAAAGAAAGAAAGAAAAUUUCCCAGCUCACAGAUAUCGGACAUUUUAUACCAAUAUUCCCUUGUUUAACCUGGAAAUGCGAUGAAGCUAGUCAUACUCAUAUCACCCAUUCCUCACUGACCAUAAGUACUUUAGGGCAUGCAGCUCAGUGACUGAUAUCUGCAAGGUUAGUUUAGUCCGUGUGUUAAAUCAUUAUCCUAGAUGUCCGUGCCAUAGCCUGAUACCUUUACUGGAAUCCAGGCAGGGUGUUUUUUUGUUGACAGUGACACUUCAUUGUUUGUUUUUAAACAAAAAACCCUCGGCCAUCAGUAAAAGAUUCUAUUAAGUGGUAUAAAAAUUUGUGAAUGUUGAAAUUCAAUGUGCUUCAUAUUAUAACCAACCUGCAAGAAUAUUGUGAUCAGUUGUGUGAAUACCAAAUCAAUAUAUACUGUAUAUUGUACCACAGAAAUUUAUAUUUAAAGGCAGAGAUACAAGUGAUUGUUGGCAUACCUGGGUAACAGUGUAUUACCUAUUUAUUCAGUAACAAUGAGAAAGACAACAAACUUCCUUAUUUAUGCCUUAUGAACAAGAGAGUGUGAAAUACAAGGUGAAGUUUUAUGAGCAAGACCCUACGGGAUGGGCACCCUCGAAGGCAGGGACCUUGUCUUUUCUGCAUUUGUUCUGUACAGUCCUCAGCACACUCUUGGUGCUUGAUAAACGUUAUAUACUACCAAUAACUAAGCACAUUUUUAGAUCUUUUUUCAAAUGGCUUAUGUAAAAUUUGGUUAAUGUACAGUGGUUGGUUUGAAGCUAUCAUGUAAAAUCUGCCUCUCCAAAUAUAAUCAAAAAUAAACUGGAAACUAUAAAA